AAUCACAACCUUUACGAUAAUCCCCCCAUCUCUCAUCCCCUCUCUCUCUAAAUACACCCUUUUCUCUCUCUAAAACCCCCCCGAUUCCUUCAUCCGCCGGACCACCACCACCACCACCAACGUUUCUCUUUUUGCUAUGGCUCAGAAAAGAGAGAAAGAGGAGACGGAGCUCAAGGUUCCUGAAACUUUAACCUUGUGUACGCCGUCGAUCCCCACAGCUACGUCGAAGAUAACCGGUUCCGAUGAGCAUAGAUCGUCACCGGAAAGAUCGGAUCCGAAGACGGUUGUUGUCGUUGACUCUAGAUCGAGCUCGGCUAGCUCGCCGAAAAGGCCGGAUCUGCUUCAGAAACCGCGUUUGGAGACGGUGGAGUCAUCGGAGGACGACGUCAACAGGCUUAAGAGGCGUGAAGUGAAUCGAUGUUCGGGUUGUCGGAGAAAAGUCGGAUUGAUGGGAUUUAGGUGCCGAUGCGGUGAGAUGUUCUGUUCCGAUCACCGGUAUUCCGAUCGACAUGACUGUAGCUACGAUUACAAGGCCGCCGGACGGGAGGCGAUCGCUCGUGAAAAUCCAGUGGUUAGAGCAUCGAAAAUCCUCAAGGUCUAACACCAUAAAAAGAUUCAAAACGACAUCGCUCUAUCAAUCGAUCAAAAACAAUCAAACGUGUUUGCAUCUCAGGGGGUUAGAAAUAUGGCGCCAAGCUAGAGGGAGGAGGAAGGUUGUUCCGGCGGCCGUUAGUGGUUGCUUACGUCACGUGUUUUCUGAUUAGGUUUGGUUUAUUUUCCGGUUAUCGCAGUUGAUGUAUCGGGAAAUUGGAGGUGUUCACCGGUGGGGAUGAAGGGUAAUAUGUGAAAAUUUGAUAAAAGGUUGAGGGUAUUGUUGUCAAUUUGAUUUAUUAUGGUAGUGAAACUUUUUUUUUGUUCUUUUUUA